AUGGUGUAUACAGAUGCUUCAGGCAUUGGUCUUGGUUGUGUGCUGAUGCAGGAGGGCAGAGUGAUAGCAUAUGCUUCGAGACAGUGGCAGGGCAGUGAGCGUAACCGUCCUACACAUGACUUAGAGUUGGGAGCAGUGAUCUUCGCGUUGAAGAUUUGGAGGUCUUACUUGCUAGGUGAGACAGUACAGGUCUUCACGGAUCACAAGAGUUUGCAGCAUAUCUUCACUCAGCCGAUGAUGAACGCGAGACAGACGCGCUGGGUUGAGUUCUUGGCGGAUUAUCAGGUGAGCAUUAACUACCAUCCGGGCAAGGCUAACCUAGUGGCGGACGCGUUGAGUAGACGGAGGUAUGAUUCCGCAGUUGAGCGAGAUGUGGAGUCUCUAGUUGGCGAGAUCAGUACCUUGCGUUUGUGUGCCAUUUCGCAGGAGCCUUUGGGUUUAGAGGCAGUGGAUCAGGCGGAUCUACUUAGCAGGAUCAGAGUUGCUCAGCAGAGUGAUCAGAGUUUGCUAGAUGCGACGAGAGUGACUGGUUCUGAGUAUGAGGUCUCUGCGAAUGGGACUAUCUUGGUUCGUGGGCGAGUUUGUGUGCCUAAGGAUGUGGAGUUGAGACAUCAGAUUUUGGGAGAGGCUCACGCGAGCAAGUUUUCCAUUCAUCCGGGAGCGACCAAGAUGUACCAUGACCUCAAGAGGUACUAUCAUUGGGUCGGGAUGAAGAGGGAUGUAGCAGACUGGGUUGCGAAGUGCAACACUUGUGCCUUGGUGAAGGCAGAGCAUCAGGUUCCGGGUGGUCUUUUGCAGAGUUUACCCAUUCCAGAGUGGAAGUGGGACAGGAUUACGAUGGAUUUCGUGGUUGGACUACCUGUUUCGAGGACUUUCGAUGCUAUCUGGGUGAUUGUGGAUCGGUUGACUAAGUCUGCACAUUUCUUGGCCAUCAAGAAGACAGAUGGAGCUGCUGUCUUGGCUAGGAAGUUUGUGCGAGAGAUUGUGAGGCUGCAUGGAGUGCCAGCUAGUAUUGUGUCAGACCGUGAUCCCAGAUUCACUUCAGAGUUUUGGAGGGCGUUUCAGGCAGAGAUGGGCACUAAGGUGCAUCUGAGUACAGCUUAUCAUCCGCAGACAGAUGGUCAGUCAGAGAGGACUAUUCAGACUUUGGAGGAUUUGCUGAGGAUGUGUGUGUUGGAUUGGGGUGGCCAUUGGGCAGAUCACCUGAGCUUAGUUGAGUUUGCAUACAACAACAGCUUUCAGGCGAGUAUUGGCAUGGCUCCAUUUGAGGCUUUGUAUGGGAGGCCAUGUAGGACACCCCUAUGCUGGACCCAAGUGGGGGAGCGCAGCAUGUAUGGAGCUACUUAUGUUCAGGAGACGACAGAGAAGGUUCGUGUUGUGAGGCUGAACAUGAAGGAGGCUCAGGAUAGGCAGAAGAGUUAUGCAGAUAGACGCAGACGAGAGCUUGAGUUUCAGGUUGGAGAUAGAGUUUAUCUCAAGAUGGCUAUGUUGAGGGGUCCUAACAGAUCCAUAGCAGAGAACAAGCUGAGUCCGCGAUUUAUGGGUCCGUUUCCAGUAGUGGAGCGAGUUGGGCCAUUGGCUUACAGGCUGGAGUUGCCUGAGAUUAUGAAAGCCUUUCACAAGGUUUUUCAUGUGUCGAUGCUGAGGAAGUGUCUUCACCCUACAGAGGAGUUAGUGGCUAGGAUUCCAGAGGAUCUUCAGCCAGAUUUGACAGUGCCGGCAGUGCCUAUGAGGAUUUUAGAGAGGAGGGAAAAGGUUCUGAGGAACAAGAGGAUUCCCUUACUGAGGAUUUUGUGGGAUUGCAGUGGUUCUACAGAGGAGACUUGGGAGCCAGAGGCAAAGAUGAAGUUGAAGUUCAGGAAGUGGUUCGACAAGCAGGUCGAGGAGUGA